AUGCUCACGCGCAGCAGCAAUAACAGUAUUCGGCAAACGAACGCGACUCCUGAAUGGGCACAACAACCAGACGAUUUCACGCCCGUGCCUCAAUCCAAUGGUGCUGUUAUGAAGCAAAAGGAGACGAUGCCCCUUGGAGAACGUACUUCACUACCAUUGCAUUCCAUUUCAACCGAGCAUCGAUACAUGCGUUCAAGCAAUAGCAGCAGCAGUAGCGGUGGAUUUGGUAGCAGCAGUAGCACCAGCAAUAGUAACAGCAGUAGUCCACGGCCGAGUCAUGAACGUAUCAUGGAACCUGGCGAGUUUGAUGAUUUGGUGAACGACAAGCACUAUUUAUCCUCGGCUGAUGAGGUGGAUGAAGAAGAUAUGGAAUCUGGACAUGAUGCAGGAAGUAGUAGUGAGAACGACGAAGACAUGGUAUCAUCAUUGAGUACGACCAAACGCCGUCGAAAAAGACCAGCCCUACUUUCUCGAUCCAAUCGACAAAAGCGACAAAAGCGACCCGUAUCAUCACAUCGACGAAGACAAAAGCCAUCCAAAUCAAAAUCAACCAGCAACAACAACAACAACAACAAUAACGAUCAUCAUGCUAUCACUAUGCCACCUAUCACCUUGUCAAUUGAUCCUGAAGAUCUCAAGUUGAAGCGUGUUUUGGGCGAAGGUCAAAUGGGAAUGGUGAUGCUUGCCGAAUAUCAAAGUGUACCUGUCGCAUGCAAAUUUCGACGUGCAAAGAAACACAAGCAGACGUUUGAAGAUGCUAUCACUCGUGAACUUGCAUUUGCUGCUCGACUCUCGGUGUGUCCUUACAUGAAUCCAUGCAUUGGCAUUUUACGGUGCAAGCAAACAAGAGGAGGUCGAUUGGUUCCAGGAGAUGAUCUCUACAUUGUUCAACGAUAUUAUGAAAAUGGGGACUUGCGUGAUUAUAUGGAGAAUCUACAAGACAACUACCUUCAUGAGUCACAAGUCUUGCAGAUUGCACUUACACUCUUUGCUGGAUUGGCCGACGCUCACAGGAUGAACAUUGGCAUUUUGGAUCUCAAGUUGGAAAAUAUCUUGAUCGAUUCAUGUGGAUCAGCAUGGAUUACUGACUUUGGGUCAUGUGUCGAAUUACGGGGUGAUGAUGACUGGAUUGAUUUACGUUAUGUUGGUGUACAAUGGACAAAAGCAGUUGCUGCUCCAGAAAUGUUACAUCAACACAGCUUCUCAAAGAAAUCCGAUGUAUUCAUGGCCGUAUCCAUCAUUGCCGAAGCACUUACCCCUCAGCUGAGUGACGAGGAAUUCUCAGAGAGCGUGCUGACACGUGCCAAGAAUGGAACUGUCAAGUUUAAUCCUAAAAAGAUUCAUCCAAUGUACCGUCAUUUUGUUCCCAUUCUCCAAUCCGCUCUCAAGAAUGACCCUGAUGAUCGGCCUUCAGCUCAACAAAUCUACAAAGUCCUACUCGAGAUGCGUGAUCGAUCCAUGACGGAUGGUAUUCAUCAACGAACGGUUACUUGA